AUGUUUGACUCUGGCGGCCCCGAGGGCGUCCUGAAGGUCAUAGACCUGGGCAGCGCCGAGUUCCUGCAGCCAGAUCAGCUGGUGGCGCGCGCGUUUGGCACUGUGCGGUACAGCAGCCCCGAGAUGGCGCGGGACGUGUGCGGCCAGAGGAGCGACGUCUGGAGCGCGGGGGUCGUCAUCUACCAGAUCCUCGCCGGCCGGGUGCCGUUCCUGAAGGACACCGACGAGGCCACCCUGUCCCUGCUGCAGCGCGGCCCCGAGGUCAAGUUUGCCGGGUCGCGCUGGAAGAACAUCAGCGCGGAGGCGAAGGACUGCAUCCGCCUGAUGCUGCACCCAGACCCCAAGCAGCGCCCCACCGCUAGCCAGGUGCUGCAGCACCCCUGGCUGGCGGCGGAGGCCCCUCAGACCGCCAUCGACGCCGCCAUCCUGCACCAGCUGCAGCUCUUCGCAUCACUCAACAGGGCGCGGCGGCUGAUGCUGGGUGUCGCGGCCAAGACCCUCAGCGGGGCUGAGGCCAGCCACCUGCUCAAGAAGUUCCUGGCCCUGGACAAGGUGCGGGGGCCUGGCUGA